GUCCCCGGGGCGGCUCCUUCCGCCCGCGCACCCGUCCCUCCAUCCCGGGACCCCGCAGCCGGCGGCAGUAAGCAGCCGCGGGCCGAGUGGUAGUGGUGGUGGGGGGUCCCUGCCACGCCGCCCGCCGCCAUGGAGCCGGGAGCGGCCGGCGACUCCAGGGCCGCCAAGCCGGGACCUUGCGUGAGCGGCGCGGCCCGAGCGGCCUCCGGCGAGCCCGGGCGCCGCAUGCCGACCGUGGCGGCCGUGCUGCCGGCUGGCGGCUGCGGGGAGAGGAUGGGCGUCGGGACCCCGAAGCAGUUCUGCCCUAUCCUGGAGAGGCCGCUCAUCAGCUACACCCUGCAGGCCCUGGAGAGAGUGUGCUGGAUAAAGGACAUCGUCGUGGCCGUGACUGCUGAGAACAUGGGCGUCAUGGAGCGCAUCGUGCAGAAGUAUCAGCACACCCGUGUGUCACUGGCAGAGGCUGGGGUGACGCGCCACAGGUCCAUUUUCAAUGGCCUCAAAGCCCUGGCAGAGGAUGAGCCUGGCUGCAAGCUCUCCAAGCCACAAGUUGUGAUCAUCCACGAUGCUGUCAGGCCGUUCGUGGAGGAAGACAUCCUCCUGCAAGUUGUGUUGGCUGCAGAGGAACACGGGGCAGCGGGAGCAAUUCGACCUCUUGUGUCCACUGUCAUCAGCGCCUCUGCUGACGGUUGCCUGGACCACUCUCUGGAGCGCGCCACACACCGGGCGAGUGAGAUGCCACAGGCCUUCCUGUUUGACGUGAUCUAUGAGGCCUAUCAGCAGUGUAGCGACUAUGACCUGGAAUUUGGAACGGAGUGUUUGCAACUGGCUCUAAAGUACAGUGACACUAAAGCCAAACUUGUGGAGGGGUCCCCUGACCUGUGGAAGGUGACCUACAAACGAGAUCUGUCUGCUGCAGAGUCGAUGAUUAAGGAGAGAAUCUCGCAAGAGAUUUGUAUGGUUAUGGACACAAAAGAAGAUACAGAACGUGUGGUCUAUCUUCUUGAAGAAGUGCUAAAAAAAGAAUUAAAUAACGUGAAAAUUGUGUCUGGUGUUCGGAGUCACGGAGGCAGAGAUAUCCAGCAGAUCACCUUACCACAAUGCUACAAUUUUGUUUGUGUGAAUGAUGCGGCCUCAGAUUUUCCAGAAACCCAGCAGUUACUGAGUGUGCUGGAGCAGAGCGAUCUUUCCAUCUUAUAUCCGGUUGUCGUCGUCUUGGUAUACUUUCUUGAUUUUAAAUCAGUACCUCUUGGUCAGAAAAUGGAAAGCCUUAUGUGGAUUAGGGAGUUUGCAAAGGAAAUGAAAAAAAGAAAUAUUUUACUAUGUGGGCUUCUUAUAUGUUAUCCACAGGAUGAGCAGGAGCUACAGGAAAGUUUAAAGCAAGGCGCCGCCAUUAUCGCCGCGUUAAUCAAAGACAGAAACCCCGGGCUCAUUGGUCAGCUGCUGGUCGCGUGAAGAAUGUGACGAGAAAAUGACCUCUGAGGAUUUCAGAACCAUCGAGCUACACCUCUCCAUUGCGCUUGCCCGUUGUAUGAGACAGAGUGUGGGUCUUCUGUUCCUUAUAACUUGUCAAAUGUGGUGCACAGAUUAUAGAAGUUGGAGGAAUGUCUAUAUCUGUGACAUAAAAAGUACUUCAAUGUGUGGGGACUAUAAAUUGCCUGAACCAGAGGCAAGGCAGUAGUGGAAAAUAAAACACUUAAAGGUCCUUUUCACAGAGGUGUGAAAGGUCAGAGGGUAAUAGUGGUGGGCGAGCUAAGCCUGUAGAGAAUGAGAAUGUAGAAAACUUGGCCUGCUGUCUUCGCUCGCUGUUCACUGAUAACUCACACUGUCGAAGCUGAAGGGUAAGCUUCCGAAUUAUUCUAAAAUUGUCCCUCCCCUCCCUCUAUGUGCUAUUUUGUCUUUUUGUUCUGUUCUGGAAUUUCCCCCCACCUUAAAAACCCUGAAGAGAACAACAGGAAAUGGAGCUUUUUGUUUCAAAUGUCUUCACCAUUUGCCGUGGGUUACUCUAGAUCCCUAAAGCAAAUACAGUCUUCUCUUCUUUCAUUUCUAAGGUGUAUGUUUUCCUUCGUUUGCAAAAUAGAAUUCUGACUUUAUUUUCCAGGGUCUCUGAUUUUUCUGAGUAAGUGUUAAAGAAGACUGGAAAGCUUUGUAAAUGUGAUUUUAGCCAGUGUGUAUUUGGACAUCUUCUGUAAGACUAGAAAUACCAUUGUCCAUCAUAGAGUUAAAUUGUUCUUUAAAUCCAGAUGUCAUUGCUUUUUAAAAUCAAUUCUUUCACUUUACAUUUCCACUGGCUUAUACUUUUAAAAUAUUAAUAUUUUCCCCUAUGUUGCCUUUCAUGAUUACCGGUAUCCAGUCAUCAGAAAUGCUUUUUGCUCUCUACCCACAUGUAUUUUUAUGAAAACAGAUCAGAUGAGGUUGGGCUAGGGCUUGAGUUGCGUGUGGGAACUAUAAAUCUUGGGUGAAAUGUGUUCAGUGAGAGACUGUAAACUAUCUACCUUGUGGAAUGGCUCCUGUAACAUUUUGUGUGAUUCCCCCCCUCCCCCAUAUUUCUCAUAUGUAUCCAGUAGGAGAGUUUAUAUUUUACGAGGAAGUAAUAGUGAGUGGGAUAGAAUGGGCUGGGGGUAACUGGGGCAAUUCGUUCUCCUAAAUGAAAUGUGUCAUUUGGACUUGGGCUUGGAUCUCAGUUCUUGGACUCCCCCCUCUUUCCCCCGUCUCCAGGGAUGCUAAGAAACACUGAACUAAGCAGUCAGGGCAGGCUGUCAAGGCUGACAGUGUGAGCCCUGUGUGGAUUCUCGUUGGGAGGCCUCUGCCCUAGUUAGAGGCAGGCUGUGUGGGGGCAGGAGCCGCUGGGGUGCUCAGGCCAGGCACCCCUGGAAGUCCUUAGGCAAAAAUGUUGGGCGACUUUGGGAGACUCCUCAAGGCAGAGGGAGCAAGUUCUCAGGGCUUUCAAGACAGAGAGCUUUAGAGAAAAAGGCGGGAAACUGAGGGGAUUUGCAGCACAGCAAAAACAUGCAGCAGCUUUGGGCUGCUGGCUGAGCUAACAUCAUUUUUUUUUAACUUUUAUUGAAUGAAUAUAAAUUUCCAAAGUACAGCUUAUGGAUUACAAUGGCUUCCCCCCGCCCCCCAUAAAUUCC